GGGAUCUAGGUUGCGUGCUCCUUAUGAGCAUCUAAUGCCUGAUGAUCUGAGGUGGAGCUGAGGUGGUGAUGCUAGCGCUGGGGAGCGGCUGCAAAUACAGAUGCUCAUUAGCAGAGACGUGACUGCACAGAGACCAUAUAAAUCAAUUGCUUGCAGACGCAUAUCAAAAUCCCAUCAGCGAGUGCCAAGUGAAAACAAGCUCACGGCUCCCACUGAUUCGGCAUUACGAAUCCAUUCCUACAUAUGGUCAUGUGGUUCUUUAAAACAAUGUCCCAUCACGUGCUAUGUUGGUGACGUCACAGGAAACAAAGAAGUCAGUGUUAGAAGAUAGCAAAUGUACAGGAGGUCAUAAACCAUAUUUGAGAAGUACUUCCAUCCAGUGCUACUUGUGUUUACUUCUGAACAGUCAUUUUUUAACUGAGGCUGGCAUUCAUGUCUUCAUUUUGGGUUGUAUCAGUGCAGGUCUUCCUAAAAUAGAAGCAAACUGGCAGCAUGUAAUAAGUGAUUUGAAAAGAAUUGAAGAUCUUAUUCAAUCUAUACAUAUGGAUGCCACUUUAUAUACUGAAAGCAAUGCUCAUCCCAGUUGCAAAGUAACAGCGAUGAAAUGCUUUCUCCUGGAGUUACAUGUGAUUUUGCAUGAGUCCAGAAAUUCAGACAUUAACGAUACAGUAGAAAACCUUAUCAUCCUAGCAAACAGCAGUUUAUCUUCCACUGAGGUACGUGGGGAGUUUCUUGCCUUUUGUGAAGUCUGAGGUCUUCUGCCAGCGUUCAGUAGGUGUUCUGUAGGAGCUGUUCCACAUGUAGAUGUAUUUCUGAUGUAUUUGUGGGGAGGAAGGUGAUCUCCACAUCUUACUCCUUCGCCAUCUUGAAGGUGUCUCUGAAACUGUUUAAAUUACUAUAAUUUGUGGUAUUCAUCGAAAUAGUUGAAUUCAACCAAUAAUAAUUGGGUGAAUAUUAUGUGCCAGGCCCUAUGCUAAAUGCUAGGGGAGCAAAAAUACAUAGCCUUGCCUUCCUGGAAAAGCCUAGAGAAGAGUGAUAUGAGAAGCAUAAAGCUCCAUGAUAUCAAUGUAAUACAUGAUGUGAUAUAAGACGGAGUCUAAACAAGAGGUUCUGAGAAUGUAGAGAAGGGACAUUUCGUGCAGCCCCAGGAGCUCUCAGGUUCAGAAAAGCCUUCCUAAUGGAAACAGCGCCUGAAUGAUCUUAAGUGUGAGUGGUAGUAGCUAAAAUAGAAGUGUGGAACAGGCAGAGAGAAACGCAAAGACAGCGAGGCACCUAAUAGCCUGAUGUAUGUAUGGGAGCUAAAGGCAUGAGCCCAGUGUUCCUAGGGCAUAUCUUUGAGCUGUGGAAAACGUGAAAGAAAUAGGUAAGGAACCGCUCAAGGAGGGCCUGCAUGCCAUGCAGUGAAGCAUGGACUUCAUGCUGGGGUAGAUGACCAGAAACUAUUGAAGGACUCUAAACAGAAGUUCAUGAUUCAAUAGAUUAUUUUUUUUUUAUUGUUUUUUCAUUGUCCUUAAUUCACUCUAGGAAAAAUCAGCCCUCAUCAAAUCACCCAUCGUUCUUCCUAAUAUGAUAGUUAAUCUACCAACAAAUUUAUGUCUCAAGACUUCACCAUAUGGUUCAAAUGAUAUGAGAUUUGCAGGAAAGGCAUAUUUUAGACUUUCCAAUCUAAUCCUUUCUUUUUAUUUGCAGUAUAAAACUGAAUCGGGAUGCAAAGAAUGUGAGGAGCUGGAGGAAAAAAAUAUUAAAGAAUUUUUGAAGAGUUUUGUACAUAUUGUGCAAAUGUUCAUCAACCCUUCUUGAGUGCAGCUAAUCCUUUUCAGCAUUUCUAUUAUUAACAAACAUCUCCCCACUGCUUAGAGGCAACAACGAAACACUCAGCGUUUCAAAUAUGCUGCCAAAAUAAAUUCUUCUGGCAAGAGGAUGAUCAGGAUCUUUGAUCGGAUGAACUCACAGAAAUGAAGGCCGAACAAUGGCAUUGAGUACCAUGGUGUCUACGAACGCAGGACUUAUUUUAUUCAUUUAUUUUUAAUUUAUUAUUGAGAUUGUACAUAUUUGUAGCAUAAUGUAAAAUGUUGAAUAAAAUUGUGUAUAUAUUUUAUCUUUUGAAAUUGCACUGAUAUUUUAUGUCAUAAGAAAAUAGAGGGUGUUUGGUUCAAGGGUGAUAGUCAAAUUAUUUAACAACCAGUGGGGCUGGACACCACUGCUGUAGGUAAAGAGGAUGCCCCAACCAAUGUGGAAAUUGACUACCAGCCUUCCUUUACUUCUCCUUUAGGUGUAGCACUUGGAGGGAGAAUUGACUACCAACGAGAAAGGAGGAACUAGAUGUGAGACCAGUAAUUUCAUUAUUGAUAUAUAAAGCGCUUGUUAUGAGAGAGAGAAUUUGCAAGUACCCGGCAUGGAAUGUGCAUCAGUCCAUCUCAGGUGGGGAUGGCAAUAAUAAACCUUCACUGAUAGGUGGAACUGUGUAUCAAAAACUAAUGAUUGCACCGGUGUUUAUAUUUCAUGCUUCCCCAAGUACAGGUAUUUUAUUUUUCUACAUUGUAUUUGCCAUGUUUGUAUAAUAAAAAACUGCUGAUGAGUUAAAGUCAA